AUGGCGGUGGUGGGCGGCGCGAUGGUGCGCGCGGGGCGCGUGGUGUUCGAGGGGUCCGUCAUGCUCGGCUCGCUCGCCGCGCUCUUCGCCACCGGCUGGUGGUUCCUCGUCGCGCGCCUCUACAAGGACUACGACGAGCAGUAUUUGGCAUUGGAGGACUACGAGGAGCAGUACCUGCCGGUGGAGGACUACGAGGAGCAGUACCUGCCGGUGGAGGACUACGAGGAGCAGUACCUGGCGGUGGAGGUGCUCUUCGCGGCUGUCUUCGCGCUCUCCUGCAAUCUGCUGCAGCUCGUGCUCUUUGAGAUCCUGCCCGUGCUCGGCACCAGUGCGCGGCUGUGGAACUGGCGCUUUGACCUCUCGCUGCUGCUCGCGCUGCUGCUCAUCGUGCUGCCCUGCUACCACUCCUUCCUCGUCCUCGCCAACACCGGCAUGAGGAGGGAGCGUGCAGCAGCGGGGGCGGUGGUGUUUCUGGGAGGCUUUCUCUACCUCUUCUGGCGCAUGGGCAUCUCCUUCCCCAUGCCCACGCCCGAUAAAGGUGCAAGCCUCUCCGUGCUCAUACCCACUCUCAAUAAAGGCAGGCGUGCGAACCUCACUCCAUGUCCCCAUGCUGAAUUCCACUGUGCAGAUGCUGACCUGCGUGUUGGGGGUGGUAGGAACCACGGCCAUAGCCGUACAUUGUUCCCCUCCUCUGCGCUCCACUACCUUUCCUUCCUCUAUGUCUUUCUCCUCCGCCACCCCUUCCCCCCCCUGCGUCUCCUCCUCUCACUCCCCCACGUGGCCCUGCGCGCAGGUCUCGUCACAGUGGCGCAGAUGGUGAGCCGCGUGGGGGUGAUAGGAGUCACGCUCAUGGCUGUGCUCUCAGGCUACGGGGCGGUCAACCUGCCCUUCACCUACCUCUCACUCUUCAUCAGUGCUGUGCUGUCAGGCUACGGGGCGGUCAACCUGCCCUUCACCUACCUCUCACUCUUCAUCAGGCUACGGGGCGGUCAACCUGCCCUUCACCUACCUCUCACUCUUCAUCAGGUGAGACAGCUGUUAUUCUUCUUGAACUACAAGCACGUGGCAGUGCUGUGCUGUCAGGCUACGGGGCGGUCAACCUGCCCUAAAUCAGGUAACACCUACCCCUCGCUGUUCAGCAUAGAUAUGCUGGUGGGGAAGAAGAGAAGAGGCGUGCUGCUCAUGUUACACACGAGUGCAAGCAACCCCUUCCAGUGGGAGAUAGGAGAGGCGCAGAUGUGGUUGUUGGAGCAGCAAAUGCACGGAGAUAGACGAGGCGGAGAUAGGGGCGUUGGAGCGGCGGCUGAGGCACGGAAUGGAGAUGCUGGUGGGGAAGAAGGAGAGAGGCGUGCUGCUCUGCUCAUGUUCCACAUGCGUGCUGCCCCUUGCGCUUGUGUGCUGCCCCCUCCACAUGCGUGCUGCCCUCCACAUGCGUGCUGCCCUCCACAUGCAUGCUGCCCCUUGCGCUUGUGUGCUGCCCCCUCCACAUGCGUGCUGCCCUCCACAUGCGUGCUGCCCCUUGCGCUUGUGUGCUGCCCCCUCCACAUGCGUGCUGCCCUCCACAUGCGUGCUGCCCUCCACAUGCAUGCUGCCCUCCACAUGCAUGCUGCCCACGGCAGGGAGAUAGACGAGGCGGAGAUAGGCACGUUGGAGCGGCGGUUGAGGCACGGCAUGGAGAUGCUGGUGGGGAAGAAGAAGCGAUCCCUUCUCAUGCGCAUGCACCUCGACCGCACCCACCCGCACCUCAUGCAAGAGCUGCAUGGGAAUGCACGGGGUGCGUCUGUGCUGCGUCGAUUCGUGGGGCUGCUGAUGCGCGCCCCCAGGGAGGAGGAGAGGGACGAAGAAAGCAUGCGGUUAAAAGGGUACCCCCCGCUGCUGCUGGAGCUGCAUGCCACAGAGGCGGAGAUCAAGGCCCUUGAAGCGCUCACCCGCUCUCUCUUCCUUGACAUCUGCACCCUCCGUGAAGAGAAGGCAGCCAUGGCGUAUUCGCGCACGUGGAAGGGGCAUGUGAAGAACAUCUUUGGCUACAUUGGCUCCGCUUACUGUAUUGCCAAGAUGUACACGUCCACGCGCACCAUCAUCACCAAGGAGGUGGGCAUGGGUGACCCUGUGACCAGGGCGCUGGGCUUCAUUCUCAAGUUCUUCCACAUCAGCCUCAACGUGCCGCUCGUAUCACAGUACGUCUCGCUGGUGUUCAUAGGAAUCCUUAUCACUGUCUCCAUUAGAGGCUUCCUCACUAACCUCACCAAGUUCCUCUCAGCAGUGUCAGGCGGCGCCAGUGGGGCGUCCAGCAACGCAGUGCUCUUCCUGGCGGAGAUCAUGGGCACCUACUUCGUCUCAUCCAUCCUCCUUAUAAGAAAUAGCCUUGCGCUGCAAUACAGGCUUCUGAUCACGGAGGUACUCGGAGGCGACAUUCAGUUCAACUUCUUCUAUAGGUGGUUCGAUGCCAUAUUUGUUGCCAGCUCUGUCAUCACCAUUGUGGUUUUUGCUGCUCAGCACACUUCAAAGCGAACAGACAAGCACCCCAUUGAUUAA